GAGAGAGAGAGAGAGAGCCUCUCCGAGUUGUGAAGCUGAAGUGAUGGAUUCAGCCCAAAGAGAAGUGACAGUCUUCUAACGGGCAGCAGGCAGAAUAUACAACCUGCCCUGGACCCUCUCACUUUGUCAGGAAACUACCUCCACCAUCCAACUAAAGUUACCAAUUGCCUCCUGAACGUGGUCCAACUCUUUCAAGUGGAUUUAGGAACUACAUACUCAGUCUUUGCUGAAGAGUUUCUGGCCAGCUGAGCUUCUAUUGGGCUAAGGACAGCUUUUAAAUAACAAGCUUUAAAACAGCUCUCUCUCUCUCUCUCUCUCUCUCUCUCUCUCUCUCUCUCUCCACUGCUGGAAUGGACUAAGGUGACAAAAGCAACUAGACAGGGAUGACUUUCUACCAGGAGAAACUUCAAUCAGCUCUGGCAGGAGGGCAAGGCAACUGAGGGAGUCUCAUCACCACGUUGCAGUUAUCUCCCUUUGGUGAGUUGGACGCAAACUCAUGGAGCCCCCCUCAGUGGUCCUGCUGGGGCUCCUUCUUGUUUAUGGACUGGCCUGUGGUGUCCUGCAGACUCAGGGGAGUCCAUCAGAGAGCAUCCAUGGCAUGGACAGGACCCAACAAUUUGAGAGUAGUGAGGAUGGUCCAGAGAGAGAGUUUCUCUAUGCUGGAAGGAGCAAACGUGCUCCAGCUGAGCAGGAGCAGGACAAGUGCUCCUACACUUUCAUUGUACCACAGAAAAAAGUGACUGGAGCCAUCUGUGUCAACUCCAAGGAGCCUGAGGCCAUGCUGGAGAAUCGGGUCAACAAACAGGAGUUAGAACUGCUAAAUGUGGAGCUACAGAAACAAAAGAGGCAGAUCGAGACCCUGCAGCAGCUGGUAGAGGUAGACGGAGGUAUUGUCAAUGAGGUCAAGCUUCUGAGGAAGGAGAGUCGAAACAUGAACUCCAGGGUCACUCAGCUGUACAUGCAGCUGCUCCAUGAGAUCAUCAGAAAGAGAGACAAUGCCCUAGAGUUGGCUCAGAUGGAGAACAGGAUCCUGAACCAAACCUCAGAGAUGCAGCAGCUAACCAGUCGAUACAAAGAUCUCGAGCACAAGUACCAGCACUUGGCUUCUUUGGCCAAUAACCAAUCAGCUCUUAUUGCCCUGUUGGAGGAGCAGUGCCAGAGUCGCCCUCCACCUCGUCAUGUGCCCAUUGCCCCACCGCGCCCUCAGCCACCUCCACCAUCACCACCUCUCGACAAGCCUCGUCAGCCACCUGUCCUCCCACGAAUUACCAACCCAAUCAGCAAUGAGAUCCAGAGUGACCAAAAGUCUCUACUCCCAACCAUGUCUACUAGCAUACAAGGCCACUCCACUACCGGUAAACCCUCUGGCCCAUUUAGGGACUGCCUGCAGGUUCUGGAAGAUGGCCACACUACCAGCGGCAUGUACCUGGUGAAGCCGGAGAAUGCCAACCGGCUUAUGCAGGUGUGGUGUGACCAGAGACAUGAUCCAGGUGGCUGGACAGUGAUCCAGAGGAGGGUGGAUGGCUCCGUCAACUUUUUCAGGAACUGGGAGACAUACAAGCAAGGUUUUGGCAAUAUCGAUGGUGAGUAUUGGCUGGGGUUGGAGAACAUCUACUGGUUGACCAACCAGGGGAACUACAAACUGCUGGUCACGCUGGAGGACUGGUCUGGCAGGAAGGUGUUUGCAGAAUAUGCCAGUUUUAGAGUGGAGCCUGAAGCCGACUUCUACAAGCUGAGGGUGGGCCGUUACCAUGGCAACGCUGGAGACUCUCUCACCUGGCACAAUGGCAAACAGUUCACAACACUGGACAGAGACCAUGAUGUAUAUACAGGUAAUUGUGCCCACUACCAGAAGGGAGGCUGGUGGUACAAUGCUUGUGCCCACUCAAAUUUGAAUGGAGUGUGGUACAGAGGAGGACACUACCGCAGCCGCUACCAAGAUGGAAUCUACUGGGCAGAGUUCAGAGGAGGAGCUUAUUCACUAAAGAAAGUGGUCAUGAUGAUCCGUCCAAAUCCUAGCACCUUCCACUAAGCAGCCAAGGAACAUACUGCACUGUAUCUCUCAACAAAUAAAAACCUUUACAGCACUAACAUCCAUGUAAACAUGAUCAACGUUGUUUAUUGGAAUGGUUCCAAACCAGGUGACAAAGAUAAAGAUGAUGCAAUAUCAAAACAUCAGGCUGAUAUACUGGUACUAACUGACAACUAUUUUUUGUUUUUUUUGCACUGGUAUUCAGCCACCUGUACCAUUUUCCUUUUUACAUAUGCUCAGUCUUCUAUCGGCUCAGGAGCUGUUUUAUAUACACCGUCUAUAAUGAAACAAAAGCCUGCUUAGUUGGCAGUGAGACAAUAGGAACCUAUAGAAAUUUGGCAUGAAACAAACAUAAUGACAAUUUAGUUAAGAUCAGAAACAUACAAUAUGUAGUCAGUAUGUAUAUAAAGUAUCUUUGCAGUAAACAAACGAGGUUGACACAGGAAAUGUAUCCAGUGACCUAACUUCAUUCUAAAUACAGUGCAUUCUCCAAAUGUGGAAUUUAUAGGAACAUUAACCCCAGGGUUGAUAUUCUGAACAGGUUUGUCAAUUAGAGUAAAAUAAUUACAGUAAAAUGAGGCACUCUUUUCCAACAUAAACCAAAACUGUUAACAAUAACAACAACAACAACCAGGCAUUAUUAACAGCCUGUAUUUUUAAUAUAUCUCACAAAAAAAAUAUCAACCCUGUUAAAUUUGAGGAGGUAAACUCUUCAAAGUCCUGCUUUUUUAACAUACUUAAUUUGAAAUCUUGCUUAACAGAUAUCCACCAAUUUGCUUGUAUGAACCAAGCACUGUAUUUGCUGUAUAAAUUCUGUGGUUUGUUGAUGUCAAUAGACCGAAAACAUGGCAUAUGUACAUAAGAUAUAUUUGUAAUA